AUGGUAAAGGUGCCACCGCGUGAUCUUUCGCCCUUUUUGCAAGCGUUUAGAAAUUAUCUUCUCGGCAGAAAAUUUACGAAUGCAUUGAGGUUCGAGCCGUUUCUUGCAGCUCGAACUCAGCCACCUCCACAAAUUCCUGAUGGAGUCUCUCACAAACAUGCACACAAUUACUACUGUUCCCGUGAUGCGCGAAGAGAAGUAGCACCACCCCUUGAAAUAUCUACUAAAUUGUUAACAACUGGAGCAGAAAAAGGUGAAGCAAAGACAGCUGCAACUGUGAGGCCUACACCUGGCAAACUAUUCAACUGGGACAAACACUAUAAUUAA